GCUCCCGGCAGCGAGCUCCGGGGAAAUUACGCAAUUAGAUCGUCGGAGUUCUUUUCGUCUACUGAAACGUCCCUUACCCUUCUCUCCUCACAAGUUACAAAGGGGAGAAGGAGGCCGAAGAUCUUUUGUGGAUACCCCCCUCAAAAUAUCUUCCCCUUUACGUUUUAGUCCCUCGCUUUCCGCCUCCGCCAUCUCCGGGAUGGGUUCGGAGCUCAUCUAUAGAGGCCACGAGCCCCAGCCCCAGGACGGCGCCGGCGGGUACUCGCCGAAGCCUCCGAAGCGGUCUGGCUGGCUCUCGUGGCCGCUCCGCUACCUACUCGGUGAGCAAAGACUCCUCUGCGUGCUCGUCGGGAUGGCCCUCGCCUCCCUCGCCUUCGUCCUCCUCCCGCAUGCGUCUCCGGCCGCGGGAUCUGCCGUCGGUGCCCAAGUCAUGGUCGACCUCGUCCGCCGCUCCGCCGCCGGCGUCGGCGGAGGGUACUACAACCACCGGGAGGCGCUCCCGGUGAGGAGGUUCAUCGGGGGGAAGGUGCCGCUGGGGCUGAAGCGGAAGGGGCUGAGGAUCGUAGUGACCGGCGGGGCGGGGUUCGUGGGGAGCCAUCUCGUGGACCGUCUGCUUGCUCGCGGUGACAGCGUGAUCGUGGUGGAUAACUUCUUCACCGGGAAGAAGGAGAACGUGAUGCAUCACUUCGGGAACCCUAAUUUCGAGCUUAUCCGCCAUGAUGUCGUGGAGCCGCUCCUCCUCGAGGUCGACCAGAUCUACCACCUCGCGUGCCCGGCUUCUCCCGUGCACUAUAAGUUCAACCCCGUCAAGACUAUCAAGACCAACGUGGUGGGAACCCUCAACAUGCUCGGCUUGGCCAAGAGGGUCGGCGCCCGUUUCCUCCUCACCAGCACCAGUGAAGUCUAUGGCGACCCCCUCCAGCACCCCCAGGUUGAGACCUACUGGGGCAACGUCAAUCCCAUUGGUGUUAGGAGCUGCUACGACGAGGGCAAGCGUACAGCGGAGACGCUGACCAUGGACUACCAUCGUGGUGCCCACGUUGAGGUUAGGAUUGCUCGAAUCUUUAACACGUACGGGCCUCGCAUGUGCAUCGACGAUGGCCGGGUGGUGAGCAACUUUGUGGCCCAGGCGCUGAGGAAGGAACCAAUGACAGUUUACGGGGAUGGGAAGCAAACGAGGAGUUUCCAGUACGUCUCUGAUCUGGUCGAGGGGUUGAUGAGGCUGAUGGAAGGAGAGCAUGUUGGGCCAUUCAACCUUGGGAAUCCUGGUGAGUUCACAAUGCUGGAGCUCGCCAAGGUGGUGCAGGAGACCAUCGAUCCCAAUGCCCGGAUCGAGUUCCGGCCCAACACUGAGGAUGAUCCCCACAAGCGCAAGCCUGACAUCACCAGCAAGGAACUGCUCGGCUGGGAGCCCAAGGUCUCCCUCCGCCAUGGUCUUCCCCUCAUGGUCUCUGACUUCCGCAAGCGAAUCUUCGGUGACCAAUCCACAUCUGAUGCCGGCAACACUGGCACUGGCGCCUCCUAAGAGUCUUCUUCGUUCUUCAUUUCAGUAGUUAAUUAAGGACCCGAUCCAUGUCAUGCUCCAAGAAAGAGGUCAAAAGAGAGAUCUAUAUAGGAGGACAGAGAUACAGCUCCAGUUCCAUUUCUAUUCUUGAUGUCUUGGCUCUUUUUUUUUUUGGGAAAAAAAAAAUGAGGACUUGGCUUAUUAUUCCUUUAUUUUUAGCCCUGCAGUUACGACUGCUGCAGGCUGAUAGCUCUCUGCAGAACGGUAGUACCAUAACCUUCGUAACCAUCUUCUUUUCUCCCCCAGUAUUAUGUAUUUUUUUCCUCUUUGAAUGUUGAAGCAGGCGUUUCUCGUUAUUUGUUAUUCUAUUCCAAACAGAGUUGUUUUGUUUCUUUCUCCAAA